UUCAAAUCGUAUGCCGUGUGAUAACGCUUUUCUAAGACUUUGUCGUCGGGCAACCAUACUAUCUUUAAUCGUGAUCAUAACAAAUAAAUAUUAUUCUUAAUAUUAUUCUGUGAUAUUAUCUAUUAUUAUCUAAUAUUAUCUUAUCGUGUGACGGAUCAUAAUCAUCAAACAACGGUCGACCCGACUCGACGGAAGUUGUUGUGCAGGACGGGCGAUGUCGUUUCGACGUCCUGAGUUGCCGAAUGAUGAGCGCCUGAGCGUUUUCGCCCGUCGGCGCCGUCGCGCCGAGCUCUUCUCAUCUUGUGACUUGCAGUUGAAUUUGUUCCUAUGAUUUUCCAUUUGAUGUAUUUUUAUCGAUCGUCGCCGAACACUGCCUUUGGAGAGUUUGUGCCUGAUAGUAAUAAUAAAAUUAAUGUUAAUAACGAACCACUCGCAUUUAGCUCAUUUUGAUCGUCGCUCUAACAUUCCGUUCGAUGCGGAGCUCAAUUAUCUAUUACUAUACAAUUAUACAGUGGGUGAAAUCAAUAAAUCGAGUUCUAAGUACCAGACGGUCUACUCGCCGGAUUAGCCUAGACGGCAUACUCGCAUACACCAUAAUUUGCUCGAGUCUACACUUAAGUUGAUUUGAGUGGACGUGUGGUUCGCCGACCCAUGGCCUCUGCUGAUUAGUGAUUAGUGCUUGCCGCUUGAUUCAUACUAAGUUGAAUACAACUAGAAAUAAAAAGAGAAAUUCAAAAAUGGAUACCUACAAUACAUGUCCAUGUAUGCGUCGUGAAAACCCUAAAGACCGUGUAUGUUUUUCUAAUGGUUGUGAUAAGCGCACUGUAUUUACAUUAAGUAAAAUGGCAUAUUAUGCUUGUAUUGACAUUCAAAAAAAAGAGUACAACAGAAUUAGAAAUGCACCGGUAGUUGAUAUACAGAACUGUUGUCGCAAAAUAUUGGAUGCCAUUAAAAGAAAUAUUGAUUUGCCAUAUGAUCCAAAUCAUACAGAAUGUAUCUAUGCAUAUCGUGAAAACUUUAAGGUAGCAUGUUUUGAAGCUGCAAGAGUUGGGCAUAUGGACUGUUUAAGAUUUGCCCAUGAAAAUGGAUUUCUGUGGACCACUAGAACAUCCAAGAGGGCUGCAAAAAAUGGAUAUCUUGACUGUUUAGAAUAUGCACAUGAGCAUGGAUGUCCAUAUGGUGACACCAUUUUAAAAUACUCUGCUAAAGGUGGACACUUAGAGUGUAUGAAGUACUUGUAUGAAACUGGAUGUAAAUUGACAAUUUUAGCAUGCUCUGCCGCUGCAGAAGGUGGUUUUUUAAAAUGUUUAAAGUUUGCUCAUGAAAUUGGAUGUCCGUGGGGAAUUAAGACGUGCACUAAAGCUGCAGCUGGUGGCUACUUGGAUUGCUUAAAAUAUGCUCACAGGAAUGGAAGUGUCUUAACCGUGAAAACAUGCGCUGCGGCAGCAAGAGGUGGACAUUUGAAAUGUUUAAAAUAUGCUCACCGAAAUCGAUGUAGAUGGGAUGAAGAAACAACUAAUAAUGCUGCACUUGGGGGACAUUUUAAGUGUCUUGUAUAUGCACAAAAACACGGAUGUCCGCUAGGUCUAAAUAUUUUGGAAAAGGCUGCGAUAGGUGGAAGCUUGGACUGUAUGAAAUACUUAUAUAAAUUAGGAUGUCAGAUAGGACGAUUAACAUGUGCCACUCCUGCAAAACAUGGGAACUUAGAAUGUUUAAAAUAUUGUCGUAAAAUUGGAUGUGAAUGGGGAAGAAAUGUGUGCACCAAAGCUGCAGCUCGUGGCCACUUAGCUUGCCUCAUCUAUGCCCAUGAAAGUGGUUGUAUUAUGACCUGUACCACGUGCACAGCCGCUGCACGAGAUGAACAUUUAGAUUGUUUAGAGUAUGGUCGUCGGUUUGUAGAUUGGUGAGAGUGAGAUGAAGCGUAAAUAAACGCUUCAAACUUCUGAUUUAAGAUUUUACUAUUUACCUAAGAAAUGUUUAAUUCAUUAAACAUAAGGCCAUAUAUUUUAUGAAUAAAAAGAGAUGGUAAAAUAAUAAUACAACAUCCUAAAUUAAAUGUAUGAUAAUCUAUAUAAUAUUAUGAACUUAUGUUAGAUCGAACAAUCUCAUUCAGUAAAAUGAACUAAUCUGACCAA